GGUAGUUGUGCUGGCGGCGGAGGCUCGUGGCUAUGGAGUGGGGUUCGGAGUCGGCGGCCGUGAGGCGGCACCGCGUCGGAGGGGAGCGCCGGGACGGCCCGGGGGCCACGCCGCAACCGGAGAGGGAGGCCCCGGCGCAGGAUUCCCUGGCGGACUCGUGCGGUGGCGGCGCAAGGACGCGGAAGCGGAGCGGGGCGGGCAGCGCGCUGUCUGAGGCGCCCGCCGCGCUGGGGCUGGCGCUCUACCUGCUCGCGCUGCGGACGCUCGUCCAGCUCUCGCUGCAGCAGCUCGUGCUGCGCGGGGCCCCUGGGCACCGCGGGGAGUUCGACGCGGGCCAAGCCAGGGAUUAUCUUGAACACAUAACAGCUAUUGGCCCCAGGACUACAGGAAGUCCAGAAAAUGAAAUUCUGACGGUGCAUUACCUCCUGGAACAGAUUAAACUGAUUGAAGUUCAAAGCAGCAGCCUUCACAAGAUUUCAGUAGAUGUACAGCGGCCCACAGGCUCCUUUAGCAUUGACUUCUUGGGUGGUUUUACAAGCUACUAUGACAAUAUCACCAAUGUUGUAGUAAAGCUGGAACCCAGAGAUGGAGCCCAGCAUGCGGUCCUGGCUAACUGUCAUUUUGACUCAGUGGCAAACUCACCAGGUGCCAGUGAUGAUGCAGUUAGCUGUUCAGUGAUGCUGGAAGUCCUUCACGUCUUGUCAACGUCUUCAGAAGCCUUACAUCAUGCUGUCAUUUUUCUCUUUAAUGGUGCUGAGGAAAAUGUCUUGCAAGCCAGUCAUGGUUUCAUCACUCAGCACCCCUGGGCCAGCUUGAUUCGUGCAUUCAUUAACUUGGAGGCAGCAGGUGUAGGAGGAAAAGAACUUGUGUUCCAAACAGGUCCUGAAAAUCCAUGGUUGGUCCAAGCUUACGUUUCAGCAGCUAAACACCCUUUUGCUUCUGUGGUGGCUCAGGAGGUUUUUCAGAGUGGAAUCAUUCCUUCAGAUACUGACUUCCGUAUCUACAGGGAUUUUGGGAACAUUCCAGGAAUAGACUUAGCUUUUAUUGAGAAUGGAUACAUUUAUCACACCAAGUACGACACAGCGGACAGAAUUCUAACAGAUUCCAUUCAGAGAGCAGGUGACAACAUUUUAGCAGUUCUUAAAUAUCUAGCUACAUCUGAUAUGUUGGCCACUUCUUCUAAAUAUCGACAUGGAAACAUGGUCUUCUUUGAUGUGUUUGGCUUAUUUGUCAUUGCCUACCCCUCUCGUGUUGGCUCAAUAAUUAACUACAUGGUGGUAAUGGCUGUUGUUUUGUACCUGGGCAAAAAAUUUUUGCAGCCCAAACAUAAGACUGCUAACUACACGAAGGACUUCUUCUGUGGACUUGGCAUCACUCUGAUAAGCUGGUUCACUAGCCUGGUUACUGUCCUCAUUAUAGCAGUGUUCAUCUCUCUUAUCGGACAGUCUCUCUCAUGGUAUAACCACUUCUAUGUCUCCGUUUGUCUGUAUGGAACUGCAGCUGUAGCCAAAAUAAUAUUCAUACAUACCCUCGCAAAAAGAUUUUAUUUUGUGAAUGCCAGUGGCCAGUACCUGGGAGAAGUAUUUUUUGACGUCUCGCUGUUUGUGCACUGUGGUUUCCUCAUAGCUCUCACUUAUCGAGGACUUUGCUCGGCCUUUAUCAGCGCUGUCUGGGUGGCGUUCCCGUUGCUCACAAAGCUUUGCGUGCACAAGGGCUUUAAGCAGCACGGUGCUCAAGGAAAAUUUAUUGCCUUUUACCUUUUGGGGAUGUUUAUUCCUUAUCUUUAUGCAUUGUACCUCAUCUGGGCGGUAUUUGAGAUGUUUACCCCUAUCCUUGGGAGGAGUGGUUCGGAAAUUCCACCUGACGUUGUGCUGGCUUCCAUUUUGGCUGGUUGUACGAUGAUUCUCUCUUCCUAUUUCAUUAACUUCAUCUACCUUGCCAAAAGCACAAAAAAAACCAUGCUAACUUUAACUUUGGUGUGUUCAGUUACAUUCCUCCUUGUUUGCAGUGGAACAUUUUUCCCAUAUAGCUCCAAUCCUGCCAGUCCGAAGCCAAAGAGAGUGUUUCUUCAGCAUGUGACUAGAACAUUUCAUGACCUGGAUGGAAACAUAGUUAAACGGGACUCCGGAAUAUGGAUCAAUGGGUUUGAUUAUACUGGAAUGUCUCACAUAACAUCUCACAUUCCCGAGAUCAACGACACCAUCCGAGCUCACUGUGAGGAGAGCGCGCCCCUCUGUGGUUUCCCCUGGUAUCUUCCAGUGCACUUUCUCAUCAGGAAAAACUGGUAUCUUCCUGCCGCAGAAGUUUCUCCAAGAGAUCCUGCUCACUUCAGACUUGUGUCCAAAGAACGGACACCCUGGGAUUCUGUAAAGCUGACCUUUGAAGCCACAGGACCAAGCCAUAUGUCAUUCUACGUUCGAACCCACAAAGGGUCAACACUUUCUCAGUGGUCUCUCGGGAAUGGCACCCCAGUGACAAGUAAAGGAGGGGACUACUUUGUAUUUUAUUCCCAUGGACUUCAGGCCUCUGCAUGGCAGUUCUGGAUAGAAGUACAGGUCUUGGAAGAACAGCCUGAAGGAAUGGUUACUGUUGCCAUUGCUGCCCAUUAUCUUUCUGGGGAAGACAAGCGAUCCUCCCAGCUGGAUGCUCUGAGAGACAAGUUCCCAGACUGGACAUUUCCCUCUGCCUGGGUGUGCACCUACGAUCUCUUUGUGUUUUAAUCUUGUGGAUGAGCUCUAAGUACGUGCCCAGUGGGAUACUCCAUGUGACACUGGUUUCUCCCUAUGUUUCAUGGAUGUUUGUAACGUCAGUCAGUGAAUUUUAAUGAGCAUAUGUUCAAAGAGCUUUGUGGGUAACUCUUCAGGGCCAAGCAGUAUAAUGGUUAUGCUGUGGGGUACUGAUUCAUGGCCUUUUUGAAACUUGAAAAUGCCAGUUUUCUGGCGCUUAAGCACAUGUGGGUACUGCCACUACACACGUAUGUCAUUUUAUAUGACCUCAAGGACAAGAGCCAACAAACCACUUUAAUAGUUGUCCCCUUAGGAUCUAGAAGGUAGUCUAAGACCAUUUGUUAAUGAGACAUGACAUUUCCAAUUAAAGCCCAAGACCACUGGUUGCGUCUGUGGAUGGGAGGUAGAGUAUCAUUCACUGGGGUGAUGAUUCCCCCCGGACUCAUUAGAAAACAACUGAAAUAAGGACUCGGGAAGAACCAUGGGCCUUUUGAGGCCCUAGCCUGUGCUGACGGCUGUGCUGCCUCACGCAGCCUCUAGACUGCGCUGCAUCUCUGUAGUGAAGCCCGUGACCUCUGAUGUGGAAACCUUGCUCAGCUGGUGACUCCUGUCCUUCUAGAAAGUGUGCACUGAGAUCCAUCGUUGUGAUCCUCUUGAGGUUGUUUUCAAUGCCUCUUUCCCUCUGAAACAUCUCUGUUCCCCGCGUCACCUUAUCAUUUUGAGAAGAGGAGCAUUUGUCCAGCUCCAUUUCCCUCUGCAUUUUCACAGGCUCUUUUGGUUCAGAAUGGUGGCUUGCGCAAGUACACAACCUUAACUUCCUUCCUCAGAGCACUGAGUUGCCAUAGUGGCUAUUCUUGGCGGGGAGAGGCUGGGCAUUUUAUAAAUAUUUAUUCUCUUUGUUUUGUAGGAGUCUUCUGUUAUCCAAGGUUAAUCCUUUAGGGCAUCCUUUUAUUGAUGCACUGGGUCCUUAUUUGUAUCUGUUUUCCAGCCAAUUGAACAGAUUAGUUUCUCAGUAACUUACUGUCUGGAAGAGCUGCCUUUCCUGAGACUUGAGCGUGUGGCUUGUACUGGAACGAGACCACUAUACCUACAGCUGUUGGUGUUCAGAUCCUGCGCAAUGACAGCCCAGGUUAAAGGUGCUUUUCAUUUUGAAGAAGAUGGCUGUGUAGCUGGGAGGUUGUACCACAGCAGUGCCUCUCAUGGCUUCUUGGCUCCAGCAGUGGAAAGGCUUGGUGAGAUCAGUGAUAAAUUCCACUAGCUUUCUUUUUUCCAUUAACAAAUGUAAAAAGUUGGAGGAAUUUUGAGUUGGGCAAGCAUCAGCCAAGCAAAGCCAUAGUAAAACAAACAAAGUAGCACUUGGAUCCGCCUGAACAGAAGAGCAUUUUAAGUGUGCGUUGCAGGAGGAAAUUCUUUUUGAAGCUGCUUGUGUGAUGUGUACAUUGUGCUUUCUUAAUCAUGCUCCUCACAUUGCCUGCCUAAUCUGUGACUCCUUAAAAACUGACAGGGCCCAUACAGACAGCAGGGCUGCAGCCAUGGACACUGGAGCCAUUGCUUUUCCCAGACUUCGUAGAAACUACAUCUAUUACUAGUCUCAAGUGCUUCAAGCGUCUCCUGCUACAUGUAUCUGUCAGGUGGUACAUAAGGUUUGCAGUGUUUAAAGCUUGAAUAGAAUCACAGUUGUGGAGAAAAAGUUAGAAACAUCUCAAUGAAUUUAAAAAUACAGGCAUAUUUCCUGUGGUGACUCUGAAAUAGAGUAGAAAUUAUUUAUGGGGGGGGGGGAAGCAAAAUCCCAAGUAUUGAGGAAGGACAUUGUAUGAAAACAAAUAGUUUCCUGUGAUUUUUUUCCCUUGGGAAGUAAAUAAGCAUCAUAGGAUUCCUAAAAUGUUACCACUGAGGGGACCAUAAGCCAGUUUGCUGACUCAGGAAGCUGUAGAAGAAUGAUCAUGUCUGUCCGUUUCUUUUUACUGGUUUGCUCACUUGUUAAUUGUUGCCUUACUGUUACUGAAAUAAAUUUUUAACAUACUAAGGUAGUAUCGUUAACAGAAACACAGAUCUUUAUUGUGUUCUCCUGUAGCCCCAUAUUUGAAGUUAUUUCAAGUCUAUAGAGCCUUUUAAAGCCUUUUUAAAAAUAAUUGCUGUAGAAGACCUAGAUGGCUUAUGUUAUUUUAAUGGGUGAUGUGAGCAAAGAACUCAACUCAACAUGGAAGUGCUAGUUUACUUCACCUGGAAUCCUUUUUGCCAUGGAAUGAAAUUGUGCCGCUCAAUUUCACAUAAAUUAAUGACCUGCUUGGUAAAUGUUAAGCUUCAGCACACUUAGCAGUUUUAAAUCAUCUCCACUGUCAAAGAAAAUCACUGAAGGGCUCAUAAAGAAGGAUGUCUUUAUUGGUGGGUAGGGAUGGGAGGGAGGGAAAAAGAAAUUGUCUUUCAGUCAGAGUGACCUGCUACUCAUUCUGAUCUCCACACAAGGGAAGGGCACCACUACUCCCCAAAAUAGAAUUGUGAGUCCAAGGUCUCUGUGCAAGUUAUUUCAUUUUCCCAGUGAAUUCCCUGGAAACAGUUCAGCACAAGGUAAAGCAGCUGAACAACUUCUAUUCCUAAUACACUUUGCCUUCUUUUAGGGCCAAUAAAGCCAGAAUACGUUUA